AUGUCUGCCUCGCCUCAUCCUGUCCCACCCCCAAAACACCCGUCGGCCAUGACGCGCUUCUACAUUGACACCCGACCCCUCGUCACGGCGUCACCCAAAUCCCUCCCUUUGCUCUCGACACUACAAUUCAGCGAACAGGAAUCGAUAACCCGCUUCCUCCGACCCGCCGACAGAUUCAUGUCCCUAGCAAGCGCCCUGUUGAAAUACACAUUCAUCCACCGCGAGGCCGGCAUGCCCUGGUCCGACAUUCGUAUCUCACGCACACCGGCACCGCACAAGCGGCCAUACUGGGAACCACCUGAACUCUGGACGAGGCAAACCACGAGUCCCUCCGACCCCAUGCCGUCCGAGACAAAAGGUCUCGAAUUCAACGUGUCCCACCAAGCAGGUCUCGUGGCCAUCCUGGGCUGCACGACCCCCACGGCACAGCUUCCCACCGCCCCGUCCAAGUCAAUCUCCCAGGUCACGCCGCUUUCGCCGACGCCGCCGACCGGCAGCUUCGACCAACUGAGUCUGACGGGACACCACAUGCCGACCCUCGGCGACGGCCAGGUCCGUCUAGGAGUCGACAUAGCGUGCACGAACGAAGACAAGCGCACGCCCAAGGACGUGACGACGCAGGCCAAGUUCGACGAAUGGGUCGACAUCUUCGCCGAAAUGUUCUCGGACCGCGAGCGUCGCACCAUGCGCUUCGCACCCGUCCACAUGCCCGUCUCGGAGCGUGAGGAGGGCGACUACAGCAGCAGCAGCAGCAGUGACUCGUCUUCGUCCGCCGGCGACGUCUACACGUCCGUCACCGCCCAGGGGGGUCGAGGCCGAGAAGCCAAGACCAUCGAGCAGAAGCUCCGCCGGUUCUACGCCUACUGGGCACUAAAGGAAGCGUAUAUCAAAAUGGUAGGCGAGGGUCUGUUGGCAAGUUGGCUUAGGGAGCUGGAGUUUCUGGACGUCGUGCCGCCGGCCAUCCCGGACGCCGUGAUCAAGGCAAGGCGCAUACAGCGCAAGCGAAAUCGUGGCCGCAGUGUUGCAAGUGGCGCAAACACUGCACCGAACGCCCAAGCCGGGAACCAUGCGCACCUACACCCUGAUGAGCUGCUGCACGAGGCGCAAAAGUGGACGACGCCCGAGAAAGCGGAGCGGGGAGUGACGACACUGUUCCGUGGGGACCGGGUCGACGACGUGGACAUCGAGCUUGUCGCGUACGACGAGGACUUUCUGAUCGCGACGGCCACGAGGGGACUGCGCGAACUGGACCGCCCAGAGGGUAGAAGGUGGAUCAGGCUGGACAUCGAGCGGGACAUCAGGCCCUGCGCCGAGGGUCGGUGUAGUUGUCUACUGUAG